AUGGCUAGCUUUCUGGUUUUGGGUCUCUUCAUGGCACUAGCAAUUGGCGGGUUCAAGGGGGCAGAGGCAGCUCGUGCUUUCUUUGUGUUUGGCGAUUCUCUCGUUGACAAUGGCAACAAUAACUACUUAGCCACCACAGCUCGAGCUGAUGCUCCACCUUAUGGCAUUGAUUUUCCAACUCGCAGACCCACUGGCCGUUUCUCUAAUGGCUUCAACAUUCCUGAUUUUAUCAGUCAAGAACUUGGGUCCCAGUCCACGUUGCCAUAUUUAAGCCCCGACCUAAACGGGCAAAAAUUGCUUGUUGGUGCCAACUUUGCUUCUGCUGGGAUUGGAAUUCUCAAUGACACUGGAAUCCAAUUUGUAAACAUCAUCAGAAUCUCAAGACAACUAGAAUACUUCCAAGAAUACCAACAAAGGGUGAGUGCUCUUAUUGGACCUGAGGAAACAACUAAAUUAGUAAAAGGAGCACUAAUCCUCAUCACAUGUGGAGGUAACGAUUUCGUGAAUAACUACUAUUUGGUGCCUAAUUCCGCAAGAUCCCGCCAGUACCCUUUACCAGACUAUGUCAAAUUUUUGAUCUCUGAGUACAGGAAGAUUCUACGGCGGCUAUAUGAUCUUGGAGGACGUAGGGUGGUGGUGACAGGCACUGGUCCAUUGGGUUGUGUUCCGGCGGAAUUAGCCCUGCGAGGCAGUAAUGGUGAAUGCUCAUCUGAGCUACAACAGGCUGCGUCCUUGUUCAACCCACAACUCGUUGAUUUGAUCAAUCAACUCAAUAAGGAAGUUGGUUCACAUGUCUUCAUUGCAGCCAACACACAACUCAUGCACGAUGAUUUCGUCACUGAUCCUCAAGCAUUUGGAUUUGUUACGUCGAAGGUAGCAUGUUGCGGUCAAGGACCCUUCAAUGGUAUCGGAUUGUGCACGGUGGCAUCCAAUUUGUGCUCAAACCGCGAGGCCUAUGCAUUCUGGGAUCCAUUCCAUCCGUCGGAAAAGGCCAACAGGUUAAUUGUUCGGCAGAUUAUGACAGGAACCAAAGAGUACAUGCACCCAAUGAAUCUCAGCACCAUUUUGGCCUUGGAUUCCAAAGUAUAG